CCAGACAUGCACAGCCUGCGACUCCUGAUGAUGGCAGUUCAGCUGCUCUGCUGCCUCCUGCUGUGUCCUGUGGAUGCCGUUUCACACAGAGAGCCAACAAGUCCCUCUGCGAUGCUCCCUCCCUUGGCGUUGGGAUACCAGUUGCCCUCCUCAGACCCCUUGUCCUGCCAGGUCCUGCUCCCAAAGUCCCUGCCUGGCUUCACUCACAUGCCCCCUCUCCCCAAGUUCCUGGUAGGCCUGGCUCUGAGGAACGCUCUGGAGGAAGCUGGCUGCCAGGCUGAUGUCUGGGCUCUGCAGCGGCAGCUUUACCGACUGGGAGGUGUGGAGGCUACACAGGCCCUCAUCCACCAUCUCCAAGAGCUCCAGAAAGGUGGACUUGAGGACCAGCAAGUGUCGGUAGACGCCUUAUCUUCUGCUCUGCAGCUCUUAGCCUGGGAGCAGCCAGGUCCAAAGAGGGUCCCACGCUCUCUUUCUAACGCAGCCUGUGACAAUGAGCGGGAGCAGAGUGUGCACAGUGUGGUUGGGCUGCUGCCGGCAGUGGGGACCUACUACAAUCUAGGCACAGCAUUGUACUAUGCCAUUCAGAACUGCUCCGACAAGGCCAAGGAGCGAGGCAAAGAGGGAGCCUUAGAUCUGGGUUAUGACCUUUUGAUGGCCAUGGUGGGUGUGUCAGGGGGGCCGGCUGGUGUGGUGAUAAGUGCUACUCUUAAGCCAGCAUUGAAGGCUGGGGUUCAGCAGCUGAUCCGAUAUUAUUAUGACGAGAAAGAGGUGAGCCUCUCUCUGCCGGAGACCGUGCAGGAAGACCGUGACUUCGAAGAAACAACCAUGACUACUUUGGUGUCAGAAGUUGAAAGUACAUUUUCCUACUGGGACCAAGCCUUGGAACAGGACUACAGUAUCUGGGCAUACAAGAGGUAGUAACAGAACAACAAAUAAAUGGAAAAUUCUGACAGAGAAGGAGUAGUAUAGAUGGAUGGAUGGGUUUGGGGUAUUGUCAUCACUUGCCAGUCAUUUCUUGAAACUCAGUUUUUUAUGUUUCU